AUGGCGCACCAUGGCAACGAAACCACAAUUGGCAGCUAUCGGUAUCCGUUCGAGGACCUGGUCGACGAGCGGACGCGCACGUGGCCAUUGGUAGAAUCACCUUGGAAUGUCGCCGCCAUACUCGCCCUCUACCUGCUGAUGGUGCUCUUUGGUCCCAAAUGGGCUGCCAGGUACAAGCCGCUGCAGCUGCGAGUGCCAUUGUUCUGCCACAGCUUGGCCAUGGUCCUGCUCAAUGCCCACAUCUGGGUAGAGCUCUUCACGGCAUCGCGGGCCCUCGACUAUAGCUUCGCCUGUCAGCCAUGUCGGGUGAGCUAUAGCCCACAUGAAAUGCGUAUUGCCGCGGCCUUUUGGUGGUUCUACAUCUCGAAAAUACUCGAAUUCGCCGACACGGCCUUCUUCAUUUUGCGGCACAAGUGGAGGCAACUGAGCUUCCUGCAUGUUUACCAUCAUAGCUCCAUGUUCGUCAUGUGCUGGAUUACCGUCAAGUGGUUGCCAACGGGCUCAUCAUAUGUGCUAGGCACAAUAAACUCCCUCGUACACAUCAUUAUGUACAGCUACUAUGCGAUGAGUGCGCUGGGUCCUCGCUUCCAGAAAUUCUUGUGGUGGAAGCGCUACUUGACCGUCCUCCAGCUUAUACAGUUCGCCGUUGGUCUGCUGUGGUUAGGACAAGCUAUAGCACGGGGCUGCGCAGUCGACACUGGAUUUCUCUUUGUGAAUUUCGUCUAUUUGGUGCCCUUCGUCAUCUUAUUUGGAAGGUUCUACCGUAAUAAUUACGGGACACCAGUUGAAAGCAAGAAAAUUAAAUAAAAUAUAAUAGGAAUGAUGUUAAGACACAAUUCAUUUAU